AUGCCGAACGCGGAGAUGAAGAGCAACAUAUGGCCACUUCGGACCGGUAGCCGUCGUGAAGGCAUGCCGCGAGGUUCGAUACCUAAUCGGGAAAGACCGGCUACUUCGGUGUGGCUUGGAGCGAAGCGCGCGCUUGGCCGAGCGGCGUCAAGUGGCCCUAUUGUUCGCCGAAUGUGGAAGAUGUUCCGAGAUCUACGCACGAGGCAUCGGAAAGACCGUGCCGAGCUUCGACUCGCCUAUCGCAAGGCCCUGGGCGCCAUCCGCGACGAGGAGACGGAGUUGCGCGUCGCCGCCGCCGUCAAACAACUCGCCGAGCGGGCGCCGGAGUCGUGGGUUGAGUGGGCGCGCGGGGACUGGCCCGAGCUCGCGACCGCCAUCGAUGCCGAGGCCGCAAAGCGUGCGAAGGCCGCCGAGGAACGUCGCCUCGAAGACGAACGGCGUCGGAAGGAGGAAGAGGAACAGCGCCUCGAAGACGAACGUCGCGCGCAAGAGGCCGCUGAUGAGGAGUUGGCGCGGAUCGCGGCCGCCGAAGGCCUUCUUUCUGACCCCGCGCCUGCCGGUGUCGACAAGGGGAAGGGGCGCGCGAGGGUCGACGAGGAAGUCGCCGAACUGUCGGACGACCCUUCGAUCAAGACUCCUCGGACGGUCGAACGUCCGCUUGCGAUGACCGAGGUCGACAUGGCCGCCGCGGCGAUUGAGAAGCGCCAGUCGGGACAGAAGUGCGACCGUUGCGCCGGCUACCGCUCGGCCCCGGUCGAUUGCGUGUGGGCCGAGAACGCUACGACCUGCGAUAGGUGCGCGCAGUUCCAACAGGGCUGCUACUUCGACAAGGUGUCUGUCCUGGGCAAAACAAAGAAGACGCGC